GGCGGUGAGGAAAGACCACGGUGGGGGAAAGUGAGGAGGAGGAGGAGGAAAAAUCGGGGAAAAAACGCCUGCAACCACGGCGAAAAGUAACAGCGUGGACUUCUAACCGUGUAUGGACCGUCGUUUGGCGGAUUACAUGAUGAGGAGCGAGCCUGUGAUUUUUACAUCCAGUGGGGCAAUGGAGGAGCUGGUGUACGAGCUCCGGCUGUUCCUUGACCUACUGGACCGGGAAUAUCUAAGUGCCGGAAUCCGUGAGAAGAAAACACACCUCUCCAACAUCCUCAAUAGAGUCCUGUCGGAAAAAGAUCCAUUAUGUAAAGCAGAGAUCCACAGCGGACUACCCACGCCGCCUCAGAUGCCGCUGCCUGAAAUCCCUCACCCCUGGCUGGCUCCAAAUGAUGGGCCUCCUCCUCUACCCAGCUCCUCUCUACCAGAAGGUUACUAUGAGGAAGCAGUGCCUUUAAGCCCCGGCAAAGCUCCGGAAUACAUUACAUCGAACUACGAUUCGGACGCUAUGAGCAGCUCGUACGAGUCAUACGACGAGGAAGAAGAGGACGACAAAGGUCGGAAGACACGCCACCAGUGGCCCUCCGAAGAGGCCUCCAUGGAUUUGGUGAAGGAUGCCCGGAUCUGUGCUUUCCUGCUACGUAAGAAACGCUUUGGCCAGUGGUCCAAGCUUCUCUGCGUCAUUAAAGAUAACAAACUUCUGUGUUACAAAUCAUCCAAAGACCACACACCCCAAAUGGAGCUGACCCUGUCAGGUUGCAGCAUCACCCACAUCCCCAAAGACGGCAAGAAGAAACGGCAUGAACUAAAGAUUGUCCAUCAGGGGGCGGAUGCCCUGGUGCUUGCCGUGCAAAGCAAGGAGCAGGCCGAGGAGUGGCUUAAGGUCAUGAGAGAGGUGUGCGGUAAUGGGACAUUUGAAUUGGAUCGCUCUGGAUCCCCAGUCCACAAACCUGAACUGGAAAAGAAAUCCUCAUGUGACAGGCCAAGUUCAGACGGUGAAGCAACGCACGAGAACGGACAUGUCGACAAGGACCAUGGAAAAGGAAAGAAAAAUUCCAAGUCAGAGCAGGGCAAGACCGGGACUGUUGGGAAAGGCGCCGGGAAGAAGAUCACUAAGAUCAUCGGGCUGGGCAAGAAGAAGCCAUCCAUGGAUGAGCAGACUUCGUCAGCAGAGGAAGAUGUACCCACAUGCGGCUAUCUGAAUGUGCUGUCCAACAACCGCUGGCGGGAGCGCUGGUGCCGUCUCAAAGACAACCAGCUGCUGCUACACAAGGACCAGGAUGACCUGAAGAGCCACAUCGCUUCGCUGCCCCUCCGAGGUUGCGAAGUCAGCCCCGGCCUGGACCACAAGCACCCUUUUGCCUUCCGCUUGCUCCGCAAUGGUCAGGAGGUGGCUGUACUGGAGGCAUCUUCCUCUGAAGCCAUGGGUCGCUGGCUGGGGGUCUUACUGGCCGAGACGGGCUCCACCGCAGACCCGGCCACCUUGCAUUAUGACUACAUUGACGUGGAGACCACCGCCAAUGUGAUCCAGCUGGCCAAACAAUCCCUCUGUUUUACCAGUAAGCGUGCAGUCUCCCCUAACCCAUACUUGGACAAUCCAGUCGGCAGCUAUGCCUGCCCCAGCGGGAUGGCUCUGCACUACCAUGACGUACCCAUCAAUGGAAUGCACUCCAGUCCCAGCACAGGUGGAAAGGAAGCGCACGAUGAAAACUCCUACGAAAACGUGCCCUCCGGCACGCUGACCGUCUCAACAGAUCACUAUAAGACGCCUGUUUCGAAAGUCUCUUCUAAAUUCCUCACUGCUGAUACUAAAACCAAAGCUGCUACUCAGUUGAAGGGAAAGAAGGGAACCACAAGCAAUGGGUUUGCAUUCAAACAGAAGGCAGAUCCAAGAAGUCAGCAAAAGAAAAACGGAGUCGCUGGUAUGAACGGGACAAUGUCACUGAAACGCAAUAACUCCAAUGCAGAGCAAUGUAAAUAUGGGAAAAACCGCGUGGAGGCGGAUGCCAAGCGGCUGCAGGCCAAAGACGACGAGCUGACCAAGAAGAAACUCGACAUCAGGAACCAUCUGACCGCUCUGAAGAAGGAACGCAAGGACCUGCGCAGCGCAAUUGAGGCAGCCUCAGGCAAGCGAUCGCAGGCCUCCCUGUCGGAACGUCUGAAGAAGGUGGAGGACGAGUGCAGGCAGAAGGAGGAGGAGCGAGUGAAUCUGGAACUGGAACUGACCGAGGUCAAAGGCAGCCUGAAGAAGGCCCUGAGCGGAGGGGUCACCCUGGGCCUCACCAUCGAACCCAAAGCUGCUCCGGCAGCGGUCCAGUCACCAGCGUCAUUACGACGGGUCCAGGAGUCUUCGCCCUUUUCCAGCUGCGACACCAGCGACACAGAGACCUGCUCCCUGCCCGUGAACAGCGCCUCCCUGCUCCGCCGGCAGCAGGGCCUCCCCAAGGCCACGCCAGUCCGAGGACACGUCCUGAGGAAGGCCAAGGAAUGGGAGCAGAAGAGUGGAACAUAGAGCCCUUGAACUUGCUCUUAGGUUCUCAUCUUUAGGAGACAUUGCAUAUGUACGGUAUUUAUUUGAGAUGGUCCUUACACACUUUUUUUUCAACCCCCCCCCCACACACACAGCCUCCAAAAAAAAAAAAAAAAAAACAAAACAAAGAAAUUAUGGUUUUCAGACACUUUUCUUCUGCAUGUUUAAUGUACAUACUGUUUCUGUGCGUAUUGUGUCACCUAUUUGUGCUUUUUUUGCUCAAAUGUUUCUCUCCACAUUCCAAAUCCAAUAUUUAUUUGUAAAUGUUUCCAGAAAAGAGGUUGUAGCUUCCUUCUAUUUAUGUUGAUAUAUUUAAAGUAUAUAUGUCGAAAAGGAAUUUCUUUACACCGCAGGUUUCCCACACUUAGUUAGACCCUUGCAGCGGAGACAUUUUGGGUCCAGACCCAAAUUUUAGGAAAACUUCCUUAACAUGUUCCUACUGGUGCUUUAUUUGGAACACUUAUCGCUCUUAAUCGCUCCCAAUUACAACCAGUCUGAAAAGAAAAAAAAAAGUUGCAUAAAUACUUGACCAAUCACAGUUCCUUGUCCAUUCCGUUUUUAUUUUACUGACGCGAUGAUAAUACUUUAUUUUAAUUUCACAUCGCCAUAGUUGGCAUUUUAUGAGGAAAAAUAGUCUUGUUUUUACAUUAACACAACGAAACGAAUACUCAUUUACAGAGAAAAAGAAAAAAUUCGGAGAUCAAGUUUUAAUUUGGGGAAAAUAGUACAAGAUAAAAAAUUGCAAAUUGAAAAACAAGUUUACAAUUUCCGAAAGGGAAAAAAAAUCUCGAUUCACAAAGUAAAACACAAACUUCAAAGAUUGUUGCAAUUUUACGAGAAUUAAGUUUUCACUUUAUGAGAAUGGAGACCUAAUUUUACAAAUGGAAAAAAAAUCUUUAUUUACAAAGUAAAAGACAAAAUUUGGAGAUAAAGAUGUCAUUUUACCCGAAAAAGUCAAAAUUUCAACAUAGAGUUGAAAUUUUACCAGAAACAAGUCUUCAUUUAACUAUAAUUAAGGCUGGGUUUAAAACAUGAAUGAAUUGAAUCGAGUUUCAUUUUCAUAGCUCAAUUUUGAUUCAUAAAAUCUUAAACUGAUCCUUUUAAUGCAUAUUUUUCCCACAUUUUCAAGUGACUUCUCCCCUGAGGCGAGAUCUCGUCACCUCGCGAGAGUAGCGUAUCACAACAACACACGGUGGAAAAUCUGAAAAUCAGUGCCAACAAGCUUGAAGGCAGAUGUCGGGAAGUUUUUUUUUUUUUUUUUUUUUCCUUUUUGUUUUGUUUUAAGAAUCAUACAUGUAUAGACAGCAAUCAACUGAAAACCCUGCGAGACAAUCACAGGAAUGUGAAUGUCAAGAGUUUACAGUGUGUUUCCACCACUUUAUUGACACCGCCUGCCCUCUGGUUGAAAUUGAUUUAAAUUAUUGAUUGUUUUGAUCAGUUCAUUUUCAAUAAAACAUACAUCAUUAAUGUACCUGCAUUGGGUUUAAUUCUUAUUCAUACUAAUGCAGCAGGUUAGAAGUUUAUACAAUUUGCAGCAUUGCUUAUUCUGAGAAAUUCUUCCAUAUUAAAGUUUGAUUGGGUACCGCGUGAAAUCCUUAAGUGAAUCAAAAGGCAAAGAGAAUCGUAAAUCGAAUAGGGCCCUUGUGAAUCGAAUUGAAUGGAAAUCUGAAUCGAUACCCACAAUGAACAAAAAUCCAAUGUUAAAAAAAAAAAAUAGGAAAUUGAUUACAAAUAAAAGUUUGGAGAUAAAGUUGUCAUUUGGGAGAAUCUCACCUGAAAUAACGCAAUAUUACAAGGAAAAAAAUCGCAUUUAUCUUUUCAAUGUGGCCCUAAUGGUCCUUGGUUGUCUUGUAAAAAAAA